AUGCCCGGUGCGCCAGAUAUGAUCGAUGCCAUUGACGGAACGGGUUUUGAUGACAGUGUGCUGCUCAUGAAAGGCCAGGCGAGCCUGUACUCGUCGCAGGGGCUGCUCAGCGGCAUACUGUCGCUGUACCGCGACCGGGCAGUGUGGAAGGAGACGUCAAUUCUAACAUCUCGGCCUGUACCCGUAGACCGGUCAUCAAACAUGCUGACGAUUUCAACGGACGUGAUGUUUGGUGCCACGCUGUCGCCGACCAACAAGUUCAAGUUCAAGUCGUUCGAAUCAGCAUCGGAGACGAACCUGAAGAUUGAGUCGUCGACGCAUUUCACUGUGUACACAAUCAUGGCCCGCGAGAAGGGCAAGCGGCCGCUGUGCGAUACGUGGACAUUCAUGGUCGAGAGCGAGGAGGAAAGCGCCACCUGGGUCAGCCUACUGCGCUGCGCAAUCCAUCCCAACAUCAACGAUCGCAACGUCAACGUUCUGGUACUGCUGAACCCCGUGUCGGGCAAGCGGAAGGCGAUCAAAAUCUUUGAGACCAUUGUCAAGCCUAUCUUUGAAAUCGGCGGUACGCCCUACACGCUGAAGCUGACAGAGUCAGCAAACUAUGCGACGGAUCUCCUAAAGAACGAGGAUUUGUCGUCCUAUAGCUCCAUUGUAUCGGUCAGUGGCGACGGUCUCUUGCACGAGAUCCUCAACGGGUUCCUGCAGCGCGCUGACUGGCCAAAGUACCAGUCGCUGCCGCUGGCCGUGAUUCCUGCAGGCACUGGAAAUGGACUGGCCAAGUCCCUCGACUGCAUCUGGCCCGAGCAGGCUGCAGUGGCCGUAGUCAAGGCGGAGGUGCGACCAUUGGACAUCAUGAGUGCGACGCUGGGCAGCGGUCGCACCGAAUACUGCUUUUUGUCAAUGACGUGGGGGCUGACAGCCGACAUUGAUAUUGAGUCGGAGCGCAUGCGGUGGGCAGGUGCUGCGCGACUCGACCUGUACGGCACCAUCCGGCUGAUGAACCUGCGGUACUACGGCGGCCGCCUACACUACCUGCCUGCAUACGAAAACGACGAGGGCCCCGCAAUGGCUGCAUCGAGCGGAAACUACACUGCGGGCACCAGUGCGGCAUCAUCGAUGGCCAAUAUUUUGGCUGAGCGUAACAACCACGGAACAGAUGAUGCGUGGGGGCUGCCGCCACCCAGCUUUUCGUCCCCGCUGAUUCGCAAUUCGCCAAAGCAACUCCCGAAGCCGCUGUCACCACAGGUACAGCCUGCAGUGACACUGCGCCCGACGCUGACAGGCGGAAUCCAGCUGCCGGUCCAAGACGGCACACUGCCGCCGCGCUGGAAGACCGUUGAGGGGCCGUUUGUACAGGUGAUUGCCACGAAUGUGCCAUGGCUAGCGCCCAACUUCCUGGCGUCCAAACACGCGCGCAUCGCCGACGGUAUGAUUGACCUGGUGUAUUCGGGUGCUGCUAGCAAGUGGCAACUGAUUCCGUACAUGGCAAACUCGGCCAAGGAAGACUAUCUGAACAAGGGCGAGGGAAUUGAGCACGUAAAGGUGCGUGCCUUCAUACUGGAGCCCAACGGCCUGCGCACCACCAGCAAGAGCCCUGAGACCCACCAUGCCGUGCAGCACCCAGACACAGCCACCGGCAGCAUCCGGUCCAAGUCCCUGUCCCCCCGGUUCGACUCGAUCCGCUCAUCGUUCAGCUACCGCAGCAAAAAGUCCGGCGGCUCGCAGGUCACCGUCCCGGCCCGUGUCCGCAGCCAGAACUACGCUGCGUACCACACCGCCAGCGGCCGCAAUAGCUCGCUGAUGGCCCAGGGCUUGAAGCAGCAUGACCAGGAGGACAGCAGCCGGAAGCUGGCCGUUCCAUCACCUGCUGCCUUUUCCAUGCGCUCGAGCACGGCAAUUGCACAGAUGGCAGUCGAGGACCGCACGCCACUGCCGGACUUUGACGAUGACACAGCGGAUGUGGUCCGGCAUGCACAGUCGGAGCAGCGCGAGCUGGAAAGCCCCGCAUCCCCCGAGGUUGAUGGCAGUGCUGUGGAAAAAAUGAGCGGUGGGUGCCGGCUUGUUGGCGAGCACGGAAUUGUGGAUCUUGAUGGCGAGGUUGUCGAGUUGGGACCGGUGAAGAUUGAGGCAUUGCCAAAUCUGGUCCGCAUUAUCAGUCCGCCGUGGCUGAACGAGGACCGGUCGAAUCGCACCAUGGCGAUGCCGGCUAUGAAGGCGCCCGAGCUGAUCCGCGGCACGCUGUCCCGCGAGGGCUCGUUCCUGAGCUUUGCCUCAGCGAAGUGA